AUGCCGCCUCAAACACCGCCACUUGGCGCGCAGAAUGGGGCAGCUUUGGGUUUCAAAAGCAAAGGCAAAAUGUGUUUUGGGUGGCAAUGCUACGUCUCCAAGCGGGUUGGCACUGGAUGCUUGAAAACAAAGCCCAGUGGAGCUGGCGUGCUGAGGCCAGAUGCCGGCCUGGCCUCGCAACAGAUGAUGCGAAUGCAGCCGACCCCACCACCGCAACACACGCCGAAGCUUCAGACCGAGAAGGAGGUGCCACUGUCCACGCCACCACAGGAUCCCAACAAUUUCACAUUCGAGGUGUACUUGCAGCGACUGGAAGGAAUGAGGCUUGGUCUCAGUGUUCUCCCGGUCACCAUGCACGAUGUUGCGGCGCUGUGGGUCAAUGAUGUGUCGGAAGGUGGUGCUGUAGACGCCUGGAAUAAGUCAGUCUGCCCCGCUUUCCAAGUCCGCAGUGGGGACGCCAUCACCCGCGUCUUUGAUGCUGCCGGGGAUCACGCUAAGAUGAUGGAGGAGCUUCAGAGCCACCGCAACAUUCGACUGGCUGUGCUGCGACAGAGUGGAAGUGGAGUGCAGGAGAAUCAGUCCACGCCUGCUCAACCUGCCGCAGCUGCCGUGCCCGCGCCUGCCGUGCCCGCGCCCGCGCCUGCCAAAGCGCCGGCUCAGUUUACACCGCCCCCAAAGGCUAUGCCAGCACAGCGCCAGGAUGACAUGAGUCAGGCAGCAAGCAGGCCUCUGGGCAUGUCCGGUUUGGCACCUGGAUUGCCGGAGGGCGAUCAGGACGCUCUCGAUGCACAGUCAGGGGCCCAGGCUGAAAGCAGCAGGUCCGCCAGGUCUGCCGAUGCCUUUGUGCAUUGCUCAGAGAUGGGCUGGUUGAGGAAUGCGCACAGCGAGGUGCCCACUGACGAUGCAGGGGAGCUCUUCGGCUCCAUCGACAUUGAGGAAAGCGGGGCCAACGGUCCCCUGCGCUUUACGGUUGUCCUAGCACGAAAGGGACCUGGACGUUUAGGCAUUGACGUGGUGCUAAAGAGAGAGGCCAACUUCUGCGGCCUUUUGGUCUACACCGUCAGUGAAGGUGGCCGAGUCGAUGCCUGGAACAGGCAGAGCCAGAUGCCCUACCGGGUCUUACCAGGUGAUCACAUUUUGGAGGUGAACGACAUCAGCAUCAGUGGAGACAGCAACGCCCAGAACGACAAGUUCGCAGUCAGGAUGAUUCAGGAAUUGUCCAAGGACCAGAAGAAUGUACACUUUACUGUCGAACGUGCUCAAAACAGCCUGGGCGAAGAACUAGCAUUGCCACAAGAUGUGGGGCCCCCUGAGCUGGCGGGGCAGGGUUCAGAUUCCGGAGAGGAUGAUGCUUCACAAAGUCAAAAUCUGAUUGGCAGCAGUUUCUUCUAUGCCAUAUGA